ACCCGGCGGGGGUGACAGUAGCCCAGACUGCUGUGCGUUGAUGCUCUCCCCUUGCUUCAUGUGGCCUUUGAACUCAUUGUUGUGUCGCGGGUGACGUCAGUGCCGUGUGCGGGAGACGGAGCGGCGUGCGCCUGGCGAGACAAAGGCGGCGGACCGACCGGGGUCAGGCAGGCAAGAGCAGCAGCAGAAAGCCGAGAAUCACUGUUUUUUUUUUUUUUUUAACUAAAAGGUAACCGCUAACCUUGGACUUCAGUUGAGCUCUCCCUGACGCUGGGAGAAAUGAAGAGGCAGUGACACUCCUGUGGAAAUCUCCUGGAGGAGGAAAAACAACAGUGCCCUCUUUUCGGUUUUAAACGUUUUUUUUCUUCUUCUCCUCAAACGCCCCCCUUUCGGUUUGCUAGUUAGCCGAACCGCUAGCUCCUAGCGCUGCACAGCACAGCACAGGUCUCCUCCUUCAGUCUGCUCCACGUCUUUCCCUAAAGAACUGGGCUACGAGUGAAGAGAGGACUUCAUCGACAAAACGUAGAUAAACAGAGGGUGAGCGGACUCCCAACAAAACAGGCAUCCGUGAUCUGAUGUGAGAUCCACGGAGAGACUAUGCCUAGCCCUUUAUUUCACCCCGAGAUUAUGGACCACGACGUGGUGAUCAGCAGCCAACACAACGGGGUCGGUCUGUCCAGGGAGACGGAUCAGGAGUCCCGGGAGGAGGACCACCAAGAGGCGCUCCGCUUCGCCCUGGACCAGCUGUCACUGAUGGCCAUGGAGAAGGUGGACUGUGGGGGCGGCGGAAGCAGCGGGCUUGUGGACAGCCUGGAUGGGACCCAGGGUCCGGGACCCGAGAAUUGCAACGGUGUGAGUGGAGGGGGGUUCGUGGAUCUACAAAUGCUGGACCAUCCCAGCGGGUCUCGGGACUCUCCGACGUCCUGCUCUCCAUCCCCGGAGUACUAUGGCUCAGGGGGGUACCACAUGGCCGGCUCCCACGCCAUGCUCCACGGGGAACCAAACUCCGUCCUCUGCAGCAGGAAAAGAAGUGUCAACAUGACCGAGUGUGUGCCCGUCCCCAGCUCCGAGCAUGUGGCUGAGAUAGUGGGCAGACAAGGUUGUAAGAUCAAGGCCCUGCGUGCCAAAACAAACACCUACAUAAAGACUCCGGUGCGAGGCGAGGAUCCUGUGUUCAUCGUGACGGGACGCAGGGAGGAUGUGGAGAUGGCCAAGCGUGAAAUUGUGUCUGCAGCAGAGCACUUCUCUAUGAUCAGGGCCUCCCGCUGCAAAGCUGGAGGGGGUGGAGGAGGCGGCUCCCUUCCCGGACCACCAAACCUACCUGGACAGACCACUAUACAGGUUAGAGUGCCGUACAGAGUAGUCGGUUUAGUUGUUGGACCAAAAGGGGCAACAAUCAAGCGCAUCCAGCAGCAGACUCACACCUACAUCGUGACACCGAGUCGAGAAAAAGACCCCGUGUUCGAGGUGACUGGGAUGCCAGAGAACGUGGACAGAGCGAGAGAGGAGAUCGAGACUCACAUCACCCUGAGAACUGGAACCUUUGUAGACCUCCAGGGAGACAAUGACUUCCACACUAAUGGCACUGAUGUCAGUCUUGAAGGCCUUGGCUCCCUGAGUGGGGGACUGGGGGCGACUUUGUGGUCCAGGGCAACUAGCCACCAUUCUGCCCCCCCUCCUCCUCCAACAUCCCCACCUUCUGCUCUUUCCAUGUCCGUACACCACUCGUCCGGCAGGAAGAUGUCCUCAUCGGUUCCCUAUCACACGCACAAUGGCGGAAUGAGCGCAGACAGCUUCAGCACCGCCCGGAAGGCCACCGAGGGAGGCAGUCCCACUAGCCCUUUUAGCACAGGCUCCAGCAGCGCUGGGGGAUUCACUUUUGGGGGCGACUCCACCCCAGGACUGCCUUCGUCAGACGAGCUGGGCUUCGAGUUCAGUGCUUCCAACAUCUGGGCGCCUUUCGUCAACAGCGGAUCGGGCAAUAAGACGGGCAGCUCCUCUCAGCAGCAGCCUCUGCGUCGCAAUAGCAGCGGCCUCAGUGCCGGCGCCAUCACUCCACGAUUGUCCCCGACUCUGCCUCAGGACACAGGCGUGGUCCCCCCUCUGGAUCACCCGCUUGCCCGUCGUGCUCAAAGUGACCCCCUCAGCACUCUCUCCUGGCUGCAGUCUGGCAACGCAGGCGGCGGCUCCUUCUCCGGAGCAUCGAGCUCCAGCUCCGGCGGCUCAUCGACCGGUUACUCCUCCUGCUCGGCCUCCUCCCUCCCCGGUGGGUCGCCUACCGACUCGGAGGGAGGCGGCAGCGGCGUGGGUCUCACCUCUGGGAUUUUGAGCCGACUGAAAGGCAGCUCUGGCUCCGGGGUUGCGGCUCUGGUUGGGGUCAGCCCCGGGGUCAACAGGGACUGCUUCGUGUGUUUCGAGAGCGAGGUGACGGCAGCCCUGGUGCCCUGCGGCCACAACCUGUUCUGCAUGGAGUGCGCUGGGCAGAUCUGCCAAUCAACAGAGCCAGAAUGCCCCGUCUGUCACACUCCUACCACACAGUGCAUCCGCAUCUUCUCGUAAUGC